AACUGGCGUGGAAUCACCGUGGUUUCCUGUUUAUUUUGGGUGAGCGAAACAAGGAACGCAAAAUUUUGUUUAUUUAUUUAAAGAAACAGAACAAAACAAAGGGUGUAACAGAGAAAGCGGUCUACUUCAUGAGAAAGUGAUCUGUGUUUUAUUUGUUUGUGUGUGUGUGCUUUCAACAGGAUAUUGACGUGUACAGCUUUGUGUCUACUCUCAUUGAACUACAUCUAUACGAACAAUGGCUAUCUUCAGAAAGAAAUCUGCAGCUUCCCAAGGAUCCGGGGGCUCUGGUGGUAAAGCACAAGACGUUCAUCUAACCAAGGAGGAUGCUCAACACUAUAAGGUGCGUACUGGCUCGGUCCAUGAUCCCAUUUUACAAGCGGUGAAUGAGGCACAGCCCUUUGAGAACUCCAUCCCUGCUGAUGUUUCCCAUGACGGUACACAGAGACAAUCGUACUCUGCAAUGUUGCAACAACAGGGGAUGUUUGACGUGUUUGGACGUCCAAUAUCCAAGCCCGACAUCUCGAACCCGACUAGAGCAAGAGACGAAAGACCGCUGGACACGAUUAGAAGUUUUGAAUACGCAAUCACGGGAGAUCAGAGUUACAGGGAUCAGUUGGAGUCUGAGCAACUCGGGUUCAGGGUGAGACAGGACUUCCCAAGAUUUGGUUCUAAUCCAUAUGGUAACGAUGGCUAUGACGAAGCUGGCGCAACAAGCUACGGUCAUAACGGCCCAGUCCACAGCUUCACAGGUGGGGAACAAGGUGUCUAUGAAGCACCUGAGCGUAAGGAGGAGCCAAAGAAGAAGAAGCGUGGACUAUUUGGUAAGAAGAAGAAAUGAGUGACAUGGUG